AUGGGUAUAUUUAAAGAAUUGGGAGACAGCAAAAUAUACGACUACUCAUUACAAGAAACUCUAGUUGAUUGUUUGAGUAAUGAAACAGUUUACGUUUAUCUGAGUUUACUUGCUAGUAAUCAAGAUAAGAACAAAAUUGAAGUACUAGCACCAGCCGGAUUACUAUCACAAGAAGUGUUACCAAAUAAAACAGCUUUGAUUCGAAGGAAAAAUUUGGAUGAGUUGUUAAAACUAGAUAUUCUUAUAUGCUGUGUUGUUGCAAAACAUCAUUGGACGCUUACAAUAAUCAAACCAAAGGAAAAGAGCUUUUAUUACAUCAAUCCUCUAGGCGAAAUCUUAUCUUCAAUAAAAAAAGAAGAAAUAAAAUGGAAUAACUAUUUGAAACAAAGGUAUGGAAUUUCAGAAACAUUUAAAAUAAUGACAUUGCCACAUGCACUGCAAAGAGACAGCAUAUCGUGUGGAGUCUUUUGUCUUAAAUUUGCUGAAAACUUUAUGAAUGGAGAAGAGUUGGCAUUGUCCUUCCCAUUAGAAGAAGUAGUUCUAUAUCGAAACAAGGUGGUGCACUAUCUUAUAGAUAGAGGAGAUUAAGUGUGAUAAAUGCUUACCAAGUCGAUGGUAUCACAUGGACUGCAUUCCAAAUGUAACAGAAAGCAGCAAAUCGUUUACCUGCACAAACCUUUCUCAAAACAAUCAAUUAAAUUAAAUAAUAACAGUUAAAAUAAAGAUCCAUAAUUAAAACAUUAAAU